AUAAAAAUGAAAAAACAAUUAAGUUUUGAAAAACAGGAUUGCAUUUACAGCUUUAGUUAGUAACUUUUAUUAAAAAAGAAAAAAAACAACUGCUUUGCGUAUUGGCUGUAGGAAUGGCUGUGGCUAAGAGGUAGAGUGGGUUGUCCACUAAUUGGAAGAUCCCCGGCUCCUCCAGUCUGCAUGUCGAAGUAUCCUCGAGCAAGAUACUGAACCCUAAAUUGCUCCUGAUAGCUGUUCCCAUCGGUGUGUGAGUGUGUUAUAACUGAGUAGCAGGUGGCACCUUGUAUAGUAGCCUUGACCACCAGUGUGUGAAUAGGUGAAUGUGACUCACAGUGUAAAAAGCGCUUUGAAUGGUCAGAUGACUUGAAAGGCACCAUUUAUUCACACAACACUAAAUGAGACAGACAGAUAGCCUAACGGUCUCUAACGCAGGUGUCAAUCACAGUUUGGGAACUGUGGUCAGACUAGGCAGUGCUGAUCAAAUAUGAAUCAAGACUCUGUUACUGCAUUGCAUAUUUCUUACCUCAAAUAUUUUCAGAGACAUAUUUUAGUGUACUGUUCAGCUGAGAAAUGAAAACUUUGGGUCUGGCCAGUGGGGCAGUGCUUGGUACUUUGGACGGCUAUUUUCAACAGAACUGCCAAGACACAAACUGUCAUUUUAGACCUUAAUGAUACACUAAAAUAUGUUUCUGAAAACAUCUGAGGUAACCAAAAGUAAAUGCAGUUACAACAUAUUGAUUCACAUGUGAUCAGCCUAGUUCGAUUGCAAUUCACAAGCAUGACUCACAGCUGCAUCAGAGACCCCUCUGCUCAGAUUUGGCUGUUUUUGGUGUGCAGUUAAUUUUAGCAAAUGCCAUCACAAGCAGCACAAAGGGAGGAGGGACAUUCAGAGAUUGUCUCAUGCGUAUUUCAGAACAUAGUGACAGUUUCAGCAAAUAUGACAUUAAAUUAUUUUCAUAGAAGUUACUAACUGUGGCUUUAAAGUGUUCAUUUAAAAAGAAACCAAUGAACCAUUCUCUCUAGUAAACGGUAGUAAUGAUAUUAACAAUAAUAAUAAUGAUGCAUUUUAUUUAUAGCUGCCUUUCAAAGCACUCAAGGACACAUUACAACAGUGGUUCCCAACUGAUGGGUCACGGUUCUUGCUGAAUGGGCCGCAAGUGACUUGCACACCUAUCAACAUUGUACAAAGCACACUUUAUUUUUAAUUACAGUACUCUACCUGCUGUAGAGUGAGUGAAUAAUGAACAACUACUUAACAGAGACAGCAAACUAGCUUGAGACAUUGCGAAACACAAGUAUGACACUGAAUAUAUUAAACUGUGUGGACUUUGAACUAAUGACUCAGGAGAAAUCUGGACCCCGUGGCUGGACCAGUUAGGAACCACUGCUUUACAAGACAGUUUUUUAAACAAGCAGCAAUGUAUCCAUAGAUCAUAAAAUCAAACAAUUCUGUAAUAUAGAAUAAAAAUCCAUUAAAUAAGACUGAAUAUUCUAGCUCGUAAAGGUAUACUUUCAGCUGGGACUUAAAAGUGGACAGAGAGACAAUAUUCUACUGGUAAUGACUUACGUAGAUUUUAUGUUUCCUGACCUAGAAAUAAAAUUAAGGUAUCUGUUGUACAUUAUCAUAUUUUGUGAUAACGACACUGCGUAAGAGACUCCUCAGCUCUGAUAUGGUUGUUUUGGUGUGCAGUCAAUUUUGGCAAAUGCCAUCACAAGCAGCAGAAAGGGAGGAGGGACAAAAAAAAAAAAAUUCAGAGACUGUCACAUACACUUCUGUCAGAACAGUGGCAGCUUCAGCAAAUAUGACACGAAGUUAUUUUCACACAAGUUACCAAGUGCAGCUUUAAAGCUUUCAUUGAAAAGAAAUUGAUCAACAUUUCUCUCUGCACGAAAAGAUUUUCAGUUUCACAUCAGUUUCUCCUUUGAGCAAAUCAAGAGGCUUGAUCCUGCAUAACCUGGAGCCACACUACCAGGACAUCUGACAGUAUGGACUUUCCUGAUGAGAGGGGAGAUUAUGAACUUGAGAACAGUGUUCAGAAGUCUAUGGCACAAGUGCAGACAGACAGUGAAGAAGAUGCCCCUGUAGGAAAGACAAACACAGGAGAGGAGUUUGCUGGCACACCUCUCGCUCAAGCUCAUUCACUUUGGACCAGUGAUGUUAAAGGCUCAGUGAGACUGAGAAUAGAAGAAGGAUGUUCAGAGGAGCCUGUCACAGUUCACCAAAUGUUCAAAGCCUCGGUCGAAAGAUACGGUAACAUGUACGCACUUGCGAGCAAGAAGGACAACAAAUGGGAAAAGAUAACGUUCUUAGAGUAUUAUCAGUUCUGCCGGAGAGCAGCAAAGAGCUUUAUCAAGCUUGGUUUGGAGCGAUUCCAUGGAGUGGCAAUACUAGGAUUCAAUUCAGCAGAAUGGUUCUUCUCUGCGGUCGGUGCCAUCAUGGCAGGGGGGACAAUGACAGGAAUUUAUGCCACAAACUCACCAGAAGCUUGUCAGUAUGUGGCCAGUGACGCCAAAGCCAACAUUAUUGUGGUGGAAAACCAAAAGCAACUGGAUAAAAUCUUGCAGAUACAUGACAGACUGCCCCAUUUGAAAGCCAUAGUGCAGUACAGUGGACAGCCCCUGCAGACGGUCUCCAAUCUUUACUCUUGGGAGGAGUUCAUGGAGCUGGGUCUGGAUGUUUCUGAGAAAGAGCUGGAUGACAUCAUCGGCAGCCAGAGAGCCAACCAAUGCUGCGUCCUGAUCUACACCUCUGGCACCACCGGCAAGCCAAAAGGAGUCAUGCUCAGUCAUGACAAUAUCACAUGGACCGCCAAUUAUGCCAGCAAGGCCGGGGACGUGCAGCCGGCCGACACUAAACAGGAGUCACUAGUGAGCUACCUGCCUCUCAGCCACAUCGCUGCUCAGAUCUAUGAUCUCUGGAAGGGCAUCCAGUGGGGUGAGCUAGUGUACUUUGCACAGCCAGAUGCCUUAAAGGGCAGCCUGAUAACGACUUUGCGAGAAGUUUGUCCCACAUCCCACAUGGGUGUCCCGCGGGUGUGGGAGAAAAUCAUGGAGAAGAUAAAACAGGCAAUCAGUGAGUGUGGAUAUGUGAAAAAGAAACUGGUGACAUGGGCGAUGUCAGUCAGUCUGGAUGCCAAUCAAAAGUGUACGCAAAAGGAUGAUGAGAAACCGUUCCUCUUUACCCUGGCUGACAGCCUGGUGCUGCAGAGGCUUCGGGCUGAGCUGGGCCUGUCUUGCUGUGAGAAGUUCUUCUCUGGAGCUGCACCUAUCGGCAGUGAAACGGUGCAGUUUUUCCUCGGCCUGAAUAUCCGGUUGUAUGAGGCAUAUGGCAUGAGUGAGAGCACAGGACCUCACUUUAUGUCAAGUCCCAAAGCUUACAAACUACCAAGCUGUGGUAAGGUGGUGCCCGGUUGUCGCUACAAAAUGGCCAAUGUAGACUCCGAGGGCAUUGGCGAAAUUUGCUUUUGGGGACGUAACAUUUUCAUGGGUUUCCUCAACAUGGAAGACAAAACAAGAGAAGCUUUGGAUGAAGAUGGAUGGCUCCAUUCUGGAGACCUGGGGAGGAUAGACGAAGAGGGUUUCUUGUUCAUCACGGGGAGAAUAAAAGAGCUCAUCAUCACAGCUGGAGGGGAGAAUGUCCCCCCUGUUCCCAUCGAGGAGGCAGUGAAGAAGGAGGUACCAAUCAUCAGCAAUGCCAUGCUCAUAGGGGACAAGAGGAAGUUCUUGUCAAUGCUUUUAACACUGAAGUGUUGCAGCGAUAAAGAGACUACGGAGCCAACAGAGGAGCUGAGUUCGGAGGCCGUGGAGUUUUGCCGACAGCUAGGCAGCCAAGCAACCAAGGUGUCUGACAUCACUGAGGGAAAAGACAAAGACGUGCAUCAGGCCAUUCAAGAGGGAAUCAACAGAGUCAACGCUGCGGCCACCUCUAAUGCCCAACGCAUACAGAAGUGGACGAUUCUAGAAAAAGACUUCACUGUUUCUGGAGGAGAGCUGGGUCCCACAAUGAAGCUUCGUCGCCCUGUUGUGUUGGAGAUGUACCACAAGGUCAUAGAGAGCCUCUAUCAGCAGUAGCGUCAUGUUCCCGGAGGAAUGACUGUGUCGCUGUUAGUAUGAAGAUCACGUGUCACUUGCAC